AUGUCCGAAACGCCGAGUCCUUCUAAUAAGAAGCCUGACCAAUCCACUGUUCCGGAAGCGAUUCUCGAUGACAAUGUAGCUACUUUGAGUAAUGAUCAUAAUCAAAGGCAUAAACAUAUCAGGCGUUCUAAAAAAGAACAAGACACCCUUGGCGCACUUCCUUAUUUUAAGCAUCACAAGAAACAUAAAAAGAAGCAUGCUGCUAAACCUUCAGAAAUAACCGAAGUACCUCAUGUCAUGUUUCAACUUGGUGAACAAGAGGAGACAAAACAGCCUCCGGCCUUUGUGGAACUUGACGAGCUUUCCUAUGGCGAGUGGAGGGAAGUUGCUAGGUACGACUAUCCUUCUUUGCUUUUUAUUCAGAAUUAA